CUGCCAAGGCAGGUCGCUGUCUUAAGUCUCCAAUUGUCUCUAUCCUUGUCACACUCUGAUAAUCAUUCUUUGCCCUUCAUCUGUCAAAUCGAACAGACAGUAAAUCCCAUUGUUAAGAAUUCAAUAAUUUCCAUUUUACCAGGUCCCAUUUCCAUUAAUGCAAGACCAAAUCCAAGGCAAAUUUGUUGAAGAAGCCAAACACGGCUUUAUAAAUAAAAAAAGAUUUAACGUUUGAACUGCAACAAGCAAGCAAGCUCCUUGUCUUUUCUCUGUUUUGUCUCUCCGAUCAACUCGUGAGCUAACUCAGUUUACCUUAAAAGAGAAAAAUGAGUCUGGAACCGUUUAUUUACAGCUUCGUGGCUCGAGGAACAAUGAUCUUGGCCGAGUACACUGAGUUCACUGGGAAUUUCCCUGCCAUCGCAGCUCAGUGUUUGCAAAAACUCCCUUCUUCUAACAACAAGUUUACUUACAACUGUGAUCACCAUACCUUUAAUUUUCUUGUUGAGGAUGGUUACGCUUAUUGUGUUGUGGCCAAAGAUUCUGUGGGAAAGCAAAUCUCUAUUGCAUUUUUGGAACGGAUGAAAGCAGACUUCAAGAAAAGAUAUGGGGGUGGAAAAGCAGAUACAGCUAUUGCGAAAAGUCUCAAUAAGGAGUUUGGGCUAAUUAUGAAAGAGCACAUGAAAUAUAUUAUUGAACAUGCUGAAGAAAUUGAAAAGCUAUUAAAGGUAAAGGCUCAAGUUUCAGAAGUUAAAAGUAUAAUGUUGGAGAAUAUCGACAAGGCAAUUGAUAGAGGAGAAAACCUAAUGACUCUUGCUGACAAGACUGAGAAUCUGCGUGAUCAGGCCCAAGCAUACAGGAAACAAGGGGCACAAAUCCGUCGUAAGAUGUGGUAUCAAAACAUGAAGAUAAAGUUAGUAGUUCUUGGAAUCUUGCUACUUCUAGUCCUUGUAAUCUGGCUUUCUGUUUGUCAUGGAUUUGAUUGCACCAACUAGUAGUGGUGUCCGAGUCUCAUGGAUAAUUUAGCUUGUUGUGAUACACAAAUGGACCUGUUUCCAUACAGCUUUAUAUUCAACAGGAUGGUUUGGUCAAUUAAAGUCUAAGCUUUUCUUACCAUCUUCAUUGAAACACCAAAACAGGAAGAGAGAGAGAGAAAUGUGUACCAUGUGUUAUACUUGGUGGUCUUGUCUGAAGAAAAGCACAAUGAUUUUUUGUUUAUUUCUUCUUACUUUCAUUCUAUAGCAAUAAAACUGUAUGAAGAAAAUAUUUUGACACAA